UACUGGUACUGGAAAAGGAGCACAUGAGACUUACACUAGCUCGUGGUUUGCCUUUGAAAGUAUGCAAUUCCUAUGGGACAAGAACCAACCAAAACCAACAUUGAGUACAAUCCAGACCGCAACGAGUGAAGCAGCAGAGGAACCAACAGAAGUGUCGGUAGAAGGUGAGGAUCUGAAUACAAGUUUGGCGACAUCACAGGAAAGAAACCCUGAAACAAGGCACCCCAAGUCGCCCACACCCAAAAGUAAGAAGCCGAAGACAUCAGCUGGUGACCAACGUCUCGAUAAGGCUUUUGAGAUACUCACGGCCACAGCUAACCAAGUUAAUGAUGAAAACCAGCAUUUUGGUAACUUGGUUGCUUCUAAAUUGCGUAGGUAUGAUGACAGGGUACGCAGUUUGAUUCAAAAUGACAUUCUGAACAUAUUUGUUAGAGCAAACACAGGCUGUUACAGUACUGAUCAGCCUUUCCCUGGUAACGUAGUUGGAGGUCCACAGACAACCCAUCCAGUAGGCUUCCCACCCAACUUCUGGUUGUCUCAUAGUUAUUCAGACGCAUCUGAAAGCCAUGAUUCUAGAACAAGUACUCCAGCUGUAGUGCAACCAUCACCUUCCCCCAGUACUUGUUCGGUAGGAAAUGAGUUGAACAUUGAGGAACUAAUAUAGUUGUGAUUUUUUCACAUGUGGCCCGUAACUUCCAAUGAGGAUAUAUCUCUUCCAUUCUUAAAUUACAUUUAUAUUUGUUUUACUUCAUUGUGCCCCAUCUUCAAAAUAUAUAUAUGACAUUGAUUUAUCAAGUUCCUUCUUGUACUAUAAAAUAAAAAGAAAUUAAAACAUUCCUGUUUCAUUUAUUCCUGCACAGACCAAACACAGAAUAUACUGUCUUAAGACUAUUUCUAUUAUUUAUAAAAUCAGGAAUUCCCAUUUACCUGCUAUUGUGAGUUGUUUUUGGAAAGUAUACGAAGAAGACAGUCUUGUUAAAGAAAUAGCGUACAUACAUAAUUGUGAUCUGUUCAGCACGCCUUUUACUGCACUAAUACAUGUUUGUAUGUGUACGAGAGAAACAUAUAUCGAUUUAACUAUGAGUGGCACAUUCAUGUCAUCAUACAUCAGUUGUUCAUAUGACAUUUUAUAGAUGACUUACCUUAAUGUAGUCAUACAGUGUUUCCACAAUGGCAGCACACACUUCGGGAAUGAUCUUGCUAAUUGCCUGCUUGGAGAUUCUGAAGAGAUACUGCAGGCUGGUGUAUGAAU